GACUCCUGGUUUGCGAUGGGUUGCGAUGGAGGAACAAUCCCCAAAAGACAUGAGCUGGUGAAGGGGCCGAAGAAGGUUGAGAAGGUUGACAAAGAUGCUGAGCUAGUGGCCCAGUGGAACUAUUGCACUCUAAGUCAAGAAAUAUUAAGGCGACCAAUAGAUGCCUGUGAACUCGGCAGACUUUAUAACAAAGAUGCUGUCAUUGAGUUUCUAUUGGACAAAUCUUCUGAAAAGGCUCUUGGGAAGGCAGCAUCUCACAUUAAAAGCAUUAAGAAUGUGACAGAACUGAGGCUUUCUGAUAAUCCUGCCUGGGAAGGAGACAAAGGAAACACAAAAGGCAACAAACACGAUGACCUCCAGCGGGCACGUUUCAGCUGCCCCGUUGUGGGCUUGGAGACGAAUGGCCGGCACAGGUUUUGCUUCCUGCGGUGCUGUGGUUGUGUGUUUUCUGAGCGAGCCUUGAAAGAGAUAAAAGCAGAAGUUUGUCACACAUGUGGGGCCGCCUUCCAGGAUUACUACGUCAUCAUGCUCAAUGGCACCAAGGAGGACGUGGAAACGCUGAAGGGGAGGAUGGAGGAGAGGAGGCUGAGGGCAAAGCUGGAGAAGAAAGCAAAGAAACCCAAGGCAGCAGAGUCUGUCUCAAAGCCAGGUAUCAGUGAAGAAUUUCCAGGGCCAUCAAAAAUUAAGACAGGGAAGCCUGAAGAAGCCAGCCUUGAUUCUAGAGAGAAGAAAGCCAGCUCAGCUCCCCGGAGUGCAGCAGCAAACGGGAGCUCUUCUGGAAAAGUCAGGAAGACUCUGGGUGGACCCCCAAAGCGGUCCAUUGCCGACAGCGAAGAGUCGGAAGCUUACAAGUCCCUUCUCACAACUCACAGCUCCGCCAAGCGCUCCAAGGAGGAGUCCGCCCACUGGGUCACCCACACGUCCUACUGCUUCUAA